AGCAAACCACAAUCACUUUGUCACAAAAAAAAAAAAGCAACCACAACGACGUCGUUUUGUGGUUUCUUUUUUUCUUCUCCUCCAGAAUAACACAGCUACAAAACAGCUGGAUACAACACAGACCAGAACGCAAGAACGUGAUCAAUGGCGACAAUUACCCGAAACAAAGCCGGUAGAAAACUCCUGAACCGUUUAAUCAACCCGGUUUUUUUCCGGUCCACAAGGCUGAUCGAAACCCUAGCUUUCGAAGAGGUCAGAUCGGACAAACCCUACAAUCACACAGCACUCGUUCUUCACGGUCUCUUAGGUUCUGCUCGCAAUUGGCGAUCAUUCUCUCGUAUUCUCGCUUCAUCUCUAUCCACCUCCACUCCUCCUUCAGUAGAGUGGAGGAUGGUGCUUGCGGAUUUGAGGAACCACGGGAAAUCGGCCGGAUUAAAAGAGCUGAUUGCGCCUCAUGACAUUCCGAAUGCUGCUAAUGAUCUGGCGAAUUUGGUCAAGUCGCAGGGUUGGAGUUGGCCUGAUGUGGUUAUUGGGCAUUCUAUGGGUGGAAAGGUUACUCUGCAGUAUGCGCAGAGUUGUGCUCGCGGUGAUUAUGGUGAUUCCGUGAAGUUGCCUAAACAGCUGUGGGUACUAGAUUCUGUACCUGGAACGGUGAACCCUGAAUUCAGUGAUGGAGAAGUGGAGAAAGUUUUGAAGACCUUGCAGGGUUUACCUUCUUCAGUCCCUUCAAGAAAAUGGUUGGUCAAUCAUAUGAUGACUCUCGGUUUUUCAAAGUCAUUGUCCGAUUGGAUAGGCAGCAAUCUAAAGAAAACAGAGGAAGGUGAGACAUGGGCUUUCGAUCUUGAAGGUGCUGUAGAGAUGUUUAAUUCAUACAGGAAGACAGAUUAUUGGCCUCUUUUGGAGAACCCGCCUGAGGGGAUGGAGAUAGCAAUUGUGCGAGCAGAGAAUAGUGACAGGUGGGAUCCUGAUGUGGUCCAGCGGCUUGAAAGCCUUGCCAGUAGGAAAGUUGAUGGAGGUGGGGGAAAGGUUUCAGUUCAUGUCCUUCCCAAGUCCGGACAUUGGGUUCAUGUAGAUAAUCCGAAAGGACUUCUGGAGAUUGUGACGCCUAAAAUUUCCUCCCUCGAUUAAACCUAAUUCUUUGCCGAUGUUAGGUCUGUCUCCUUUGUAUCUUCAUUUUGCUGAAGAGAAUAACAGCAACACGACUUCAAUUGUGAUAGUUUGUUGUGGAGUACCAGAUUGAACUUUAGUUGAGCUCCGGCUGAAUAUUUUUCUUUCUAGAUAAUUUAAAAUAUACUCUAAACUUCAAAAAGUGUUGUAGGACGAGUUGUAUGUGUUUCAAAGAUAUUAAUCUCAAGUCUGUUUCGCAGUUAUGUGA